AUGGGUUGUGUUUGUGGACGACAAAGUGUAAUUAUACAAGGACAAAAAUUUCAUCUUAUGCAACAAAUUGGCGAAGGAAGUUUCAGUUAUGUGUUUGAAGCUCGAAAUACAGCUGAUAGUCAUCAAUAUGCGAUUAAGAAAAUGUCAUGUCAUACAGAUGAAGAAGAAAGACGUGCGAGAGAUGAAAUAGAAAAUUAUCAAAGAUUUUCACAUCCAAAUUUAGUUUCAUUACUCUAUCAUGAACAAGCACAAUAUAAUCCAAAUGCACAUGUUACAAGUAUUGUCUGGCUUGUUUUUCCUUAUUUCAAAAAUGGAUCUCUUCAAAAUGUUUUUGAUAAACAAAUAAAAUUUUCUACACGUGUAUUACUCGAUCUAUUUUUGAGUAUAUGUGAAGGAGUUCGUCAAAUUCAUGAAAAACAAAUGGCUCAUAGAGAUUUAAAACCAAGUAAUAUCAUGCUAUUAAAUAAUUCACAUGGUGUUAUACUAGAUUUUGGCUCAAUGAAACCUUCUUCAAUUUCAAUAACAACUAGAUCAGAAGCUCAACAAUGGCAGGAUUGGGCAGAAGAAAAUUGUUGUGUACAAUAUCGUGCACCAGAAUUAUUCCACAUUGAAACAAAUUCUUUAAUUACUUGUCAAACUGAUAUAUUCUCUCUUGGUGGAAUUCUUUAUGCAUGUUGUUUUGGAAAAGGACCAUUUGAUGAUGUAUAUUCAAGAGGAGAUAGUGUGGCGUUGGCAAUUGCAAGUGGUCGUAUUGAAUUGCCAGUUCAAUCAUCAACCUAUCCAUCCAUCAUAAUCGAUACAAUGCUAGCAAUGCUUCAUACAGAACCCGACCAACGCCCAACAAUUACUGAUAUUAUUGAUAAACUUUCUACGGCAUCUCGUUUAGCAAUGGAUAUUGCCUAA